CCUCUGACGACUUGUUUUGAUACCAUUCAUUUAUACACUUUUGCUUGCCAAUGAUAUCCGAUUUCCGAACGUUAAUACGAGUCUUGAUCGAAACAACACAAUCCAGAUGAGUGCGGCCAGUGCGGCCUGGGCCAACUCGGCUCCUCGAUUACUCCGAUCUUCUAUACCAUGCCCGCAACCAAGUGCAAGUCUCACACGCAAAGCCCAGACAAGGGCAUUCUACAACACAGCAAUACCUAAGAGACCUUCAUCACGCCUCCCUCCGUGCUCCCGUUCUUCGAGAUGUCCGUCGACAAACGUACGACUCUUUUCCACUACCUCGGCAUUUCAAGCGACGAAAGAUCCCUACGCUACGCUCGGAGUCGGGAAGAGUGCCAGUGCAUCAGAGAUCAAGAAAGCCUACUACGCUAUGGCUAAAAAGUAUCAUCCUGACACGAACAAGGAUCCCGGCGCAAAGGAGAAGUUCACAGAUGCUCAAUCAGCCUAUGAGCUGUUGAAUGAUCCCCAGAAGAAAGCUGCUUAUGAUCAGUUUGGAGCAGCAGCUUUCGACCAAGGCGCUGGUUUUGAUCCUAGUGCCGGAGGCGGACAUCCUUUCGGAGGCGCUGCUGGAGGAAAUCCCUUCGCCGGUUUUGGUGGAGGGUUCGGGGCCGAGUUCAACUUUGAAGACCUCUUUGGUGCCUUUACUGGAGGUAGUCGUCGUGGCCGAAGAGGAAGAUCACCUUUCCAAGAAGAAAUAUUACAGGGUGACAACAUUGAAGUCCAAACCAAUAUAUCGUUCAUGGACGCUGCGAAGGGUGUAACGAAGAAUAUCACCAUUACGCCUCUUGUUGAAUGCGGCACAUGUAAAGGCAACGGAAUGAAAAAAGGUUCCCAGAAACAACAAUGCAAAUCAUGUAAUGGCACGGGUACUCGGGUACAUGUGAUGCAACAAGGGUUUCAUAUGUCGAGUACGUGCUCUACGUGCGGAGGAAGCGGAGUUACCAUUCCAAGGGGUUCAGAGUGCGAUACUUGUGCUGGCAAUGGAGUAAUACGACAAAGGAAGACUGUUCAAGUCGACAUUCCAGGAGGAGUUGAAGAUGGAAUGAGACUUCGCGUUUCUGGAGAGGGCGAUGCGGCCCCAACAGGUACGGCUGUGGGAGCAAAUGUUCGAAGCGUACGCGGAGAUCUCUACGUCUUCAUUCGUGUAGCACCAGAUGCAAGGUUCAGCCGGAAUGGAGCGGACGUGCUCUAUACUGCUGCAAUACCUCUUACUACCGCUCUGCUUGGUGGUGAAGUCACGGUCCCGACGUUAGAGGGAGAGGUGAAGGUAAAGAUCGCAACUGGAACUGGCACUGGUGACAGGAUAACACUGCCUGGCAAGGGUAUGAAGCGCCUAGGUGGGCGGCGGGAUGCUUCAGGUGAUUUGAGGGUCGAGUUCAAGGUCAACAUGCCCAGAUACCUUUCUGCCAACCAGCGAACUCUUUUGGAGAUGCUGGCAGAUGAGAUGGGCGACAAGACCGCAAAGAGGAUUAUGAACAUCGACUCCUUAAAGAAGGAAACAUCCUCAGACUCCAACUCGAAGCCAUCAAACAAAGCUGCAGAUCACAAGAACGAGGGAUUUCUCAAAUCUGCAUGGCAUAGACUGACCCAUCAACAUGACAACCUGGAACCCGAAGAGAAAGGCUCUCAGGGCAAGACAGACUCGAAAGACGAUGACGAGCCAAAGAAGGCCUCAGGAUCUGGCUAACCUCCUGCUUCCUUCGCGAUCCACCAUUUCUCAAUCAUCUUGAUUCAUACUUCAUAGCGACGGCGACAACGAGGACCUCCAGGGAUUGUACGUCAUCUAUAGCGGAUUUUCUCAACCGUGGCACUUGGGUUGUCCAUGUGUGCCUUUGGUAGUUGAAGUUUUCGAAAAUGUAUAUGUAUUGUUGACCUUGAUUAUUAAGAGGACAGAAUACCCUUCAACUCAGUGUACAAUUACAUACUAAAUGAAAGCUAAAAGCACCACAAUAUAUAUAAAUAUAAAUAUAACCAUAACUA